AUGCACCUUCUUCUUGUUCGUCACGGCGAGAGCGUGGACAAUGCGGCUGGUCUUUAUGGCGGCUCCCGUGAUGCUGCCCUGACUGCCCAUGGCGUCCUCCAAGCUCAUCGGUUUGCAUCGAGCCUAAUCCAAUCGCGAUUGGAGGUAAAACACGUAUUUGCCUCCAACCUAGUGCGAGCUGCGAAGACGGCCGAGGUCAUAUGCGAUUCUCAAAACAAGGUGCACCAGUCUGCGUUGACAGUAGUUCAACUGGCUGAACUUCGCGAGAAGCAUUUUGGCAACUGGGAAGGCGUCAAAUUUUCUCCCGCGCCUUCUUACGAACGGCCAGUGCAGACGGGGGCUGAGACCUUGGAGUCGUUGAAGGCAAGGACCAAUGCAUUCCUGGAGAAGCAUCUUGCGCCUGCUCUAUCCCAGCCGGCUCUUGGCUCGGACAAGUAUUGUGUCGUGGUUGUGAGCCAUGGUAUCACUCUAGGCGUUUUGAUUUCGACUCUGCUGAAGAAGCUCGCCGUCUGUGGGGAUCAUGGCUCCACGAGCCCAGGCUUGCACCAGCUUACGUCCACAAGGAUAUCGUGGAGCAACACAGGGUAUCUGCAUCUUGUCGUUACACCAUCGAAUGCCACAGCCGCUGGCGCAGCUGUCGGUCAAUCGCCAUGGUCACGAGUUCAACUUGGGGUUUCCCAGAUCAACUGCACAACUCACCUUGUUGGUCUUCGCAAGACCCGUGGCGGCAUUGGCAGCGCUGCUCAUGACGAGAAACAGAAAACUCUAGACGGGUUCCUGGUCCCCUCGCGAAAACGAAGGGCUGAAGACGACGCAAAUUGA